AUGGCGUCGCGUAUUCUGACUUUCUACACUUCCAAAUCUGGGCCGGGCAUCUUUCAGCUUCUUUCCCCUCUUUUCCCAGCUGAGAAGCCGUCUUUUGAACAGGAGGACAUCGUGCAAAACACAUCUCGCAGACGACAACGUUACCCUCCGCGCUCGUCUCGAAAGCGUUUAGUUGAGAAAACUUCUGCUUUGUUCAGCCAUGUGGCUUGUCAAUACGAAGACCCUCGCCUCGAGAGCUUCGCGGAGCCCUCCGAAAUCGACUAUGCCAUACUCUUGCACACUUGGGAGAGCGGUGAGGUCUCUUUUCAGGAGAUGUCCUCCACCGCUGUGGCGUCAACGACGAAAAGCAAGGCAGGCUUUGACAAGGUCGCAAAGACCUGUGAGAUUGCACAAGAGAAGGGCCUGGGAUACGCGUGGAUCGACACCUGUUGCAUCGACAAGUCCAGCAGCGCCGAGCUCAGCGAAGCCAUUAACUCCAUGUUUCGAUGGUACCAGGAGGCGAAGGUCUGCUUGGUAUUUCUCUCGGAUCUCCGCCCGGAAGUUGGCAGUACUGGGCCUGGGAUCCAUAAGAUAUCCGAUCUGUCUAGGUGCAAGUGGUUCACUCGCGGCUGGACGCUGCAAGAGCUCAUCGCGCCGGCCGCUGUGGAGUUUUACGAUGCUGGGUGGAAGUUGAGGUUCUCCAAAGACGUAUGGUCGGGGCGUCUAUCGACGAUAACCAACAUCGAUAUCGAUAUCUUGACAUUCGAAAAGGAACUAUCGGCUGUUCCCGUUGCCGUCAAAACGUCAUGGGCAGCGCAUCGCCGAACGACCCGUGUCGAGGAUCGGGCCUACUCCCUCCUCGGGCUCUUCGACAUCCACAUCCCCAUGAUCUACGGCGAGGGCAGAAAAGCCUUUCAAGGCAUCUUUGCCCAAGAACUAGCGGAGUUCACAUUCUGCGGCAAUGACAUGCGAUGCAAUCGACUCACAUCAGACCGGAAUGAAUUCUCCAUCACCAACAAAGGCGUCCGAUUUACCUACGUCUUAGGCGUGAACACGGACGCAAGCGCCACUUGGCUGCUCCCUUUUUUGAUGCAAGGGAAUUGCCAAAAGUGCCACUAUCAGCAUAGCAUUUACAUCGGCCUAGUUUUCACCGCCGAGAGCUGGGUCCGCGCGACGCCUGGGCGCUGCCGGUAUGAGAGCGAUUUGCCGUCAUUUCCCAGUUUGAUCGACGUGUGCGUCAGGAAGACGGUCACGGCCUCAGAGAGCCGCAGACUCGAGCAGCGGCCGGGCCACUUCUUCAAGCUGGAAUGGGCUCCAGGAGACUGCCUCAGCAGAUGUGGCAAGCUUCUCGCGGCCGAGCCCAGCUUCUUCUGGAACCCCGUCUAUCGGGGAUUCGUGGGGGAGGCACAGGCUGAAGAUUUUAUGGGCACCAUCAAGUUGUCCUUGAGCGCCCUGCCUUCGAAUGUCAUCAUCUGUCUAGUUCUGUUCAAGGUCAAAGAUCGACCGCCUGAGGUUCAGCUCUUCCUGGUCCCAGACUGGCCAUGGGAGCUGAAGGAGGGCAUAGUCUAUCCUGAGGUAACUUGUCGUCUGCCCGGGCUACCUGCUGUCAUGGCCAAUUCUCUUUUGAUGUAA